AUGCCCAUUGAUGUAUCUCCUUAUACUGAUCCCGUUAGUGGAUUAGUAUUCACAUCGGAUUCAUCUCUCAUCCAGACGGGAAAGAGUGGUAGAGUCGACAAAGCUUUCGACAAAAUUGACAUAGAACCAUAUUUGACUCUGAGAUACUUUCCAGAAGGACAACGGAACUGUUAUGGUCUAAAUGUGACGAGCGGCACAACUUACCUCAUCGGAGCCAACUUCUUGUACGGUAACUAUGAUGGUAAUAACACCUAUCCAAAUUUCGAUCUCUACCUUGGUCCUAAUAAGUGGCAGACUGUAGACUUGGAAGAAAACAUAAACGGUUCAAGGUUAGAAGUCAUCUUCAUUCCACGAUCAAAUUCUUUGGAGCUUUGCCUUGUUAAGACAGGAAAUACAGUGCCAUUGAUAUCAACCAUAGAAAUACGACCACUGAGAAAUGAUACAUAUGUCCCUCGUCUUGGUUCGCUGACUAGCUCUUUCCGGAUUUAUUUUAAUGCUUCAAAUAACUAUAUAAGGUAA